GAGUGUGAGUAUGUUGAUGGUCAGUGAAGAUUCUUUCAAGCGAAAUGAACAGUCUUGCGAUAUGAUUUUGUUACCAUUCGCUGGUUUUGCAUUGUUGUACCCGAUGAUAAAUUGACUAUUCGUUCAAGGUGAUGAUUAUUAAGAAAAUUCAUUAAAUAUUUGAACUGUUAUUCAUUCGCAUUGAGGUGUUUUUUUCUCUUCACCACAGUAUACACCGAAAUUUUCAUGUGUGCUUUUUUUUAGCUGUCCGUUGUUUUGAACGUUUUUGCAUUUCAUCUUUUUCACACAAAGGAUUUUGUAUUCGGCCAGAUGAUGAUAAAAUGAAUGUUUGUGAUGUCUGUGUGUCACAAUGAUGUUUACUUAACCCGAACACACGGUUUUUUUUGUCAUUCUUUUCUCAAUUUACCUGCGUUUUUUUUUCUUAUUUGGCGACUGUUUUGUAUUUGUGCGCGAUUCGGCAGCACAUUUUUUCCGUUGUUGUUGUCAUCUCGUCGCUCCCUUGCUCUCUCGCUCCCAUCAAAGGGUAUCACCGAUAGCGUAAUUUUGAGGACAUGCACACAAAAUCACCAAGCGUUGAUAUCACGAAGUAUUAAAACAUAGCUCUUACUAUUUUCGUUCGUUCUCUGUCUGCUGUGGCAAAUUGAUAAUUGAGCGCUUUUGUCAUAAAUAAAAUGAAUCAACAACAACAACGACAGCAGCAGCAGAAGCAACAAUUUUUUUUGUACAAAUAUCAUACGACACACAUUCUAAAAUGGUUCUACGACUGCAAUUUGCAAAAAUUCUCAUGAUUCAUGGUCACGUCCCGUGAGCUGAACGGGAAUAAUAAUGACUGAAAAAUGAAACUAAGUUGCAAGUAAAAUCUCGACAAUUGCUGACGCGAUUCGCUGCUUUCCUCCAAAAACAACACCGAAGAAACGUUUUUUUUUUCAUUGUGCUCUCUUCCAUUAAAAUCAGAUCAGGCAAAACAAAAGCAUUUGGCUGUUGUUCAUUGUUAAGCUCUUGUUUAUACGAUUCACUUUCGUUGCAAUCAAACGAUGACUGUAAUCACCGAUCGAAGCUAUGGAUUUUGAUUUAUUUUCAUUAUUUGAAAAAGAUAACGUUAUUGAUCGUAGAACUGGAAAUGUCUAGGGCAUAUUUUUGUAUGUGAUAUGUGAUUAUGAAUAUGUCGGAUAUGUUUAUUGUCAUGAAAAUGUGCAGAGCUGUAUUGUGUAUGUGAGAGAUGUGGAAGUUGCUUUAAAUACGUUGGUAUACCAUAAAAAAACAUGUAAUUAGGUUGAUCGCCGAAUGUCGAAAAUCGAACAAGUGAUGGACCGCGAUUAGAUCGAUGCAAAUUCAUUUGGAGCGAGAGGAAAAAGAGUGUAAAACCCCCAAUGUCAUGACCCAUGUCGAAGCGAUUGUAACAAGUGUAAGCUUGAGUGAUUCGACGAAUUAUUGAAUUAAUUCUUAUUAUCAACUCUUUGCGAAGCAUUCUUCAAAAAUACAAAUCAGAAAACGGUCGGCCGGGGCUAAUACAUCUGACAAAUGUGUGUGUUUUGUGUUCGCGUAUUUACUCACCGAAUCAUCCCGUCGUCGUAGCAUAUGUGAAGAUUAUUGUCAUCAUCGUGCGCGCGCACACAGACUGCAAAAAAUACAUCACCAUACAAACGGCGACGGCGGUGGCACAUUUCUCUUUCUGCGCGCGCGAUGGCGGUAUUGUUUCUAUCUACCUAUUGUCAAUAUCGAAUUGUACUAGCUUCGUUUCCCCAUUUUUAUGUUUUAAGCUGUGUGUUUUCGUUUUCUUCUUCUCAUUUCACUCUUCGUUCGUUUUCAACCAGCGUCUAGAAAUCAUUCAGUGUUUCAAACAUUUUUUUUCCGAACUGUCGGCAUAUCGAAAUGUGCCUUCGCUGCUUAUUUGCCUUCGCAUUAUGGCGGCGAUCGAGCUCAAUUCGUAAGCGGCUGCACCAUUCUGAAAGAUAGAAAUGAAAGGGGAAAAAGCAGCAAUAUUCUGGUUAUUGUUCUGACAAUCAUAAGUAAAAGUUAGUGAAACAAUUGAACUAUUUGUGAUGUGAUAAUCAUGUGUUGAAUAACGAAUUUUUGACGAUUGAAUUUUGUGCGAAAGAGCAAGGCAACCAAGCCAAGGAGCACACACACACACACACGGCAAAGUGUACAAUCUUUGAGUUUGAUAACAAUAAAAUAGCAAUGCUGUCGUGAUGCGACACGGUGGAUGCCAACAAGAAUAACCCACCACACAUGUGCAAUAUUUGGACAUAUUUUUUUUCUGCCUCGCUCUCGUCGUAUGUAGAAUAAUAAUUUGGUGCUUAUUGAACUGCUGUUUGCAACAACACAUCGAAAUAACGUGCUAUCAGUUGUCAUUUGUCUUUCGAAUGGUGCGCGAAAAGAUAAAUAGAGCUGCUGCUACCGAAUUCUAUGGUAUAUUGAUCGGAACACGAACAAACGAAAAGUCUGGCAAAAAAUUAAUAAAUCGAUUCAAUGCCUGAAUUUGCUGUUGUGUGUGCAUUGUAUCCAGGUGAUCACAUUGUCGACGCAGUAAUUAUGGCGAUCAAUUCAAACGCGUCCUUUUUUAAAUAAACACAAUUGUGAAUUGAGUUAUUUUUACAAAAGAUAAAGAAACACGCGUGAUAGAAUUAAUUCUCUUUUAUUUUGUGCUCUUUUUUUGACGCAAAAAAAUAAUAAUAAUAAAAACGGCACUGCAAAAAGCAACGACAGUAGACGAAUAGCGAUUAAAGGAUUGUGUUGUUGAAGGUGAAAUGUAUAAAUCGUAUGGACUUUUACGACCACUCGUUGUGUUCGCUGGAACCAUUGGCAUCCUACAGUCGCUAAUAUGGAUUGCAAUGUCAAUUAUGGCGAUUCUCGCCUAUUUUUGUGUGUUCAAUUUUCGUGGCAUGAUUGCAUCGCUCGGUACUCUAACCGAGUUAACACUUUUCCACAUGUAUUUUCACGGUCCAUGUCCACAGUCAGGGAUGCCAAACAUCGAUUUCAACUCGAUUAAUCGGCUAAAUCUAAUCAAACCACUGCAAAUACACAUUUGCAUGUGGGUUUAUUGUGCUAUCUCAACGUUGUGGCUUAUCAGCUCGAUAACACUGUUAACAAGUGUUCGUUAUGUAAAUCUUCGAAAUGCCAACUAUUUUCUAUUCGUUUGGAUUUUCCUAACGGUUGGCAUAUCGAUUAUGGAUUUGGGGCUGGGCGUUGCCUUCGGAAUUGAUUAUGACACAUUGAGGCAUGAGUCUCAUGGUAUUCCAGUCGACGACAUGGCCAGCACGGCGCAGCCACAUUACUUGGUCGUGGCGGCACGUACAGCAGCCGGCAUAAUGAUGAGCGUGGCACUGCGUGGAUACACCAUUUGGCUGAUUAAUAUUGUGCUGUGCAUUUACUUCUUCACACAAACAUUCAAAAUAUCCGAUUACAAUCGCAUCAAAGCGGCCAUUUCGAAUCCAAUGUUCGUUUCACCAAACGGAACAAUGCGCAAAAAGUUGCCUCAAAAUCAUCAAAGUAGUCCAUACACAGACAAAGAUGAUCAAUGGAUUAGCUCACUGCACAACUACAGUUACCAAACGAAUUCGGUGGAUCGACCGUCAAAGGAUUCGACUCAUCGACAGAAUCAAGCGGCCGCUUUAUUCGAAGAACGAAAGCGACACUAUGAAGCACAGCAAUUGAACUAUUUACGAUACAUCGAUAAAUUGAAUGGCCGAAAGUCCCGUGGAAAUUCAACGCUCAAUGGCCACGUGAUGAAUGGCGGUCAAAUGGCAUCGAAAAAACGCCGUGAAAUACAUUUACCAGAGCCUGAUUAUAGCCCAAAUAUUCAUAGCGGUGAUUCGUUUGAAACGCGACCACCAUUGCGAUCAGCUCUUCGUGCAUCACGUUACUAAUCUUUAGCAAUUAAAGCAAAGUAAAGUGCAUCGCAAAGACAAUUUAUGAUUGAAAACAAUAGAAAAAAGGAGAAUACUGUCAACGAAAACGCACAAACCAAAACUUUACGUUAAAACUUUUAGACAUUAGAUAGUUGAAUUGAUGUGGCGAAGUACAAAAAAAAUUUAAAAUGGAAAAAGCCGAAACGAAAACCGAUAUCAAAUGGAAUGCAUCCAAGAUACGAAUAUAUUCUCUGCAUUUUUUUCUCCAUUGAAUUGAAUUAAACUCAAAUCAGAUUUGUAUUACGAACAUGACCUCAAGACGUGUGUGUGUGUUCAGCAACAAUAUCAGCUCAGUGAAAAUCGCACUCAUCGAACACAUCAACUACAAUGUUAAUCGAAUGCGCUAGAAAAUGGGAGCUCGAUUUUAUUAAUAGUGAAUUUAAUUUUAUAAUUCAAACAACAUCAAUGGCAACAGAAAUAGCGACAAGAAUCAUUCACAUUGAAAUAGAAAUUGUAGUGAGAGUUCAAGACGCCAUGUAAUUGUGGAUUUCUAGAAAUCAAAGUCAAAAUGGAAUACGACAUUAUUAUUUGAAAUUAUAAAAUAAAGUUAUCAUAACAUAUUUACGAAA